CUUGUGCAAAAAGUGGCUUGUAAUUUACAGCAUAUUGCAGAGUAAGCAAAGUGAUCUCCAAAACUCAAAAGUUUUUCUCUGUUUUGAUUGUUACAGUUUCGAUCGCGACUGGAAAAAGAUAGAAGCUUUUGUAGGGUCAAAGACGGCGAUACAGAUAAGAAGUCAUGCGCAAAAGUACUUUUUGAAGGUUCAAAAGAAUGGCACGAGCGAACAUGUACCACCCCCUCGACCAAAGAGGAAAGCAGCGCAUCCAUAUCCGCAAAAAGCACCUAAAAAUGCUGCCAUCAUAACUCAGGCUGUCGCUCCUUCACCGGCUUCUUCUCUUGUGUUGGAACCCUGCUAUACCGUAUCUAGUGAUAGCUCUACUGUCGUUAGGAACUCUACUUCAAAUGCUACAUUGUCCUCUUGUGUUAAUGGUUCAGUUCAGCCUUUUAGUGCUGCUCAAAUGACAAAAGUACCAAGCGAAGCUAUUAUGGCCAAUAAUUGUUGUAGCAGGACUGAGAGCCCUACUGAGGUGUGGCUGGCUUCUGAAACAACUGAGAAGGAAAAUCAAGUUCCAUUUCUUCGGGUCAUGCCGGACUUCUCUCAGGUAUACAGCUUUCUUGCCGGCAUAUUUGACCCAAAUACAAGUGGGCAUUUGGAGAAGCUUAAAGAGAUGGACCCAAUUGAUGUUGAAACAGUACUGUUGCUGAUGAGGAACCUAUCGGCCAAUUUGACCAGCCCCGACUUUGAGGCACAUAGACGGUUACUUUCCACAUAUGGUUCCGGCACGGAGGAAGCUAACUCGAACAGCUUCAGCAAUCUCCUUCAAGCAAGUGGAACACCAGUCACUCCAUUCAUGGUGGAGGUCGAGUGAAGCGCACCGAGGAAUCCCUCCAUGUUAUGUACUUGCUUUGAUCCAAAACAAAGCUGUUUUGAGCAAACAUUUCUACUUAACUUCGCUCCGGAAGUAGACUCCAGGUUUUGAAACCGGUUCUGGGGUUAGCUUUUUCAUUGUACAGCUUUUCGCGAAUCCCCGCCCCUCGAGGAAAAAAUAGUGAUCCUGUAAAUAACUAGUUUUGUGCUUUUCUUGUAAAUCAUUGGAGGUGUCGUCACGAAGAUUAAAGCUUGCGGAAUCUCUUCUAUGUAUCUCAAAUGUGUGUGCAAGUACAGGCAUGUUCAUAUGUAAUUUUGUAUGUAUGUAUAUAAAUGUAUAUAUGUUUGGAAUUUGAGCAAAACAUGGUUUGUUUUA